AAUGGGCUUAUCGAAGCAUAUAAAAUCGUGUCUGAAAUUGAUCUGGAAUUAGGGUUUUGGUAACGGGCAAAGAGGAAGCGCGGCGAAGGGAAGAGAAGAGAAGAAGACCAACAGCCAUGGUUCUCAAGACGGAGCUUUGCCGGUUUAGCGGACACAAGAUAUACCCCGGAAGAGGAAUAAGGUUUAUUCGCUCGGACUCCCAGGUUUUCCUCUUCGUUAACUCGAAAUGCAAGAGGUAUUUCCACAACCGCCUGAGGCCUGCAAAGCUUACCUGGACUACCAUGUACCGAAAACAACACAAGAAGGAUGCUGCUGCUGAAGCAGUGAAGAAGAGGCGAAGGGCUACGAAGAAGCCGUACUCAAGGUCCAUUGUCGGUGCCACUUUGGAAGUCAUUCAGAAGAGAAGAGCUGAAAAGCCAGAGGUUCGCGAUGCUGCUCGCGAAGCUGCUUUACGUGAAAUCAAGGAGAGAAUCAAGAAGACGAAGGACGAGAAGAAAGCUAAAAAGGCGGAAGUGAUUUCGAAGCAGAAGACUUCAAAGACUAGCGUGCCGAAGGGUGCCGGUCCAAAGGGUCCCAAGAUAGGUGGCGGCGGCGGCAAGCGUUAAUUUCCCUUUUUUUUCUUUUUAAUCUUUAUUUAAAUUAUUGUCUAAUAUUUUCUAAGGAACAUACAUAUAUUGGAGUUGGCAUUGGUCAAUUCCAUUAUGUUUUUUGUAUUAAUUUUUGGUUGUUGAGGAAUUAUUGGAUUGUUAAAACCAAAAAUAUGUGCUAUGUAUUGAAUUGUAAAACACUUUUCGUGUUAUUAAUGUUGGCAAAAAUUCUUGAA